AUUUCAUUUAUUUUAAAUAACUUCCUGAACGUUUCUUCUUCUGUUUUUCCUGCUUAUCUCUGAACUGUAAACUGAUUGAGUCAUGUGUUUGGGGCGGGAAGGUAUGCCCCGCCCCUGCUUCAUGCUGAUUGGUUGAUAAAGUUAAACUCCACGUUUGAAUUUCAGGCUCGUGCCAGAACCGCCAAUAAACCACAGAAGAAGAGUUUCAGGCUGAAACGGAGUCGGAUGUUGUGAUCUCGUCGGGAGGAAGACUCGGUGACACACGGCUGGACAGGAAACCAUGGAUCCCAGUGCGUUCCAUAGCCGCCGGAAAGGCCGAGCGCCGCGCCGUCGCCCCCCAUCCGCUCAGUCCCCCUCCUCAAAAGCCUCGCCAUCAAAGAGACGGCGUGCAGCUGCAAAGACGCCUCCUUCACCCCCCAAGAAGAAGAGGAGGUUCAGAGUCGGAACCCGGGCUCUAAUGGAGAUCCGCAAGUACCAGAAGAGCACCGACCUUCUGAUCAGCAAGCGACCUUUCUCCCGACUGGUUCGUGAGAUUUGCGUCCAGUUUUCCCGAGAUGAUCUACGAUGGCAGGUUUACGCUCUGAUGGCGCUGCAGGAGGCUGCAGAGGCCUUCCUCGUCCUGCUUUUUUCUGAUGCCAACCUGUGUGCCAUCCACGCCAAAAGAGUGACGCUGUUUCCACGCGACAUUCAGCUGGCCAGGAGGAUCCGCGGCGUGGACAACCUCUGAGGAGCCCCAGACGGAUGAGGGAACAAACGUUUCACUUUGCACUUCAUCAUGUUAAUAGUUUCUGACAUUUUAUCCCAAAUGUUUAGAUUUGAACCUCUUGGAUAUUUCGGGGACAUUCUACCAGUUUGUAUUUGUUUGUACUGAAUAAAUAUAUUGUUUUUUGAUACUU